CGCGGCAGCCUGGCGGGGAGGGAGGGAAGGAGGGCGGGAGGGAAGGAGGAGGGCUCGGCGGGGGCGGGAGCCGCACGCCGUUUCCCUUUCUCUUUCGCUCGGCGGCCGCCCGAGGCCGCGGGGCUCCGCCAGGUAUGGGAGCGGCCGGCCUGACGCAGGAGCCCGAGGCAUGAGCCAUGGUCCCCUGAGAGCGCCCGAGCAAAUGCCCGGAGCAGCCCCGCCGCACGGAGCAGCGCCGCAGCUCUGGUGAACCGCGGGCGUCGACGCCUCCCGGAUUUGCUCCGCUGGCCCAGAGCGUUCCGCCAGCCUUCCCUGCCCCACGAAUGGCUACUCAGAGGAAGCACUUGGUGAAAGAUUUCAAUCCCCAUAUCACCUGUUAUAUCUGUAAAGGCUAUCUCAUCAAGCCAACUACGGUAACAGAGUGCCUCCAUACCUUUUGUAAGACUUGUAUUGUUCAGCACUUUGAAGACAGCAAUGACUGUCCCAGGUGUGGCAACCAAGUACACGAGACCAAUCCACUAGAAAUGUUACGGCUGGAUAACACCUUAGAGGAAAUUAUAUUUAAGCUGGUGCCUGGACUUCGAGAGCAGGAACUGCAGCGAGAAAUUGAAUUUUGGAAGAAAAACAAACCUCAAGAAAAUGGACAAGAUGAAAGCCCCAAAGCUGACAAACCCAAAGUAGAUGAGGAAUGUGAUGAAAAUGAAGAAGAUAAAGACUAUCACAGGAGUGACCCACAGAUUGCUAUCUGCCUUGACUGUUUACGCAACAAUGGGCAAUCAGGAGAUAAUGUAGUAAAAGGUUUAAUGAAGAAAUUUAUCCGCUGUUCCACUCGAGUGACUGUGGGAACUAUUAAAAAGUUUCUCAGCUUAAAAUUAAAACUUCCAAGUUCUUACGAGCUGGAUGUACUAUGCAAUGGAGAAAUCAUGGGGAAGGAUCAUACUAUGGAAUUCAUCUAUAUGACGAGAUGGAGACUAAGAGGCGAAAACUUUCGGUGUCAGAACUGCUCAUCUUCGCAAGUCUGCUCACAGGAUGGCACUUUUUAUCAGUCCUAUCCUAUGGUACUUCAGUAUCGACCUAGAAUUGACUUCGGUUAGACCAAAGGGCCAGAUCCCACUGAGAUGAAUCCUGCACUAUUUGUUUACCCAUCGACAGAUUGCACAAUGAAUGGAUGUGCCUGGAUUAGGGGGACACAACCAGAUUUUCAGCAUGCAAAUAAGGACAUUGUCUUUCUUAAAAUUGUCAGUUGCAUCUUUGUUGUUUCUAUUAGAGCAAGCCAAGUGCCAUUCUGCUACUGAAAUGUGCAUAAGAUAUUUGUGAAUUUUACAAGUGUGCUGCAAAUCAUAGCCAAAAUCAUGAAGUGUACAGUCAAGAUUCAAAAGCUAUGGAAUAUUUUUGCUUGUGUGUUAGAAAAUUUUUAUGGUCCUAAUAUUGAUUACACUAGCAAAAUGGCAAAGUGCUCAUUCCAUGUAGUGUUGCAGUUUCACACACUUACUAUUUUACUGAAUAUUGUUGUUUAAAUCAUAGAGUACUGUACAAAUAGCUAAGGAUUAUACCUUGAAGAUAUUUUGUAUAGAAAAUAUAUUUAGAAAAGUGGUGAUUGUGCCACUACCUUUUUCUUGAUAAGCUUCUCAUGGGUCCAGGUAUAGCUCACUCAUGAGUGUGCAAGAGUUCUUUUGUAGUGAAUGAAGAUUAAUUACCCUUAACAAGAGAUGUUUAACAUGAUAAUUCAAAAAAAGUAAUUUUAAAUUGUCUAAAUAGACUCUGCCAAUAUUGCUUAAAAGCAUAGCAGCCUUUGUGAUUGCACUUUUCUAUGGCUACCCUAAAGAUUGGAAUUUGGGAUACAGCUAUUUUUGGAAAAUGGCUUCUGGUCAGGUUACAUUUCUUCUAAUAAAGCCUUCAUAAAAAUGAAGUUAAAAUAAUUUAUCUAUGAAACAAAUUUCACUGUUGGGUUACAGCCAAGGCAAAAUUUACACAUAGUUAUUGCACUUCAUGGUAAGCACUUCCUUUUAAGAUUGGGUGAAGGACAUGCUAAGAAAAAAUAACAUAGCUUUAAUUACAUUAUAUAUCUCUUGUGACUAUCUGGGGCUUAGAAUUCAUUGUAGAAAAUUUUCACUAGUUGAAGCCACGUCAUAAAACUAUUUCCAUAAAAUUAGAGGCAAUGCAAUACUGAAGAUAAGCAGUCUGACCAAAAUAAUUGUUCGGAUCAUUGUUUUUUCCUAAGAUCUGGUAGUGCUGGAUAGAAGAGUGAUUGUUGCCUUAGGUAUUGCAAGCAAAAUUGUUCAAGUAUAGAAUGUUUAUUGAGGUUUCUGGUAAUGUUGCAGGGAGCAUAGUAAUGCAUGUUUCCUGUAGUCUUCCAUUGUCUUUGCUCUGCUUAAAAAUCAAAUGAGUUUUUAACUUCAAAUUCUGUGGAGAUAUCUGUAGUUCAGUACCUUUAUAUAAUUUCUACUUAAUACACACCUGCUAGUAUUGUAGAUAGCUAUUUACUUUCCUAUGCCUUUUGCAUACAACAGAAAAGAACCAAAUCAACUUUUCAGAAGCUAAUCUAGUCGUACUUAGGACAAAGUGAAAAUUCUAUCUUGAAAACCUUGGAAUCAGGUAUAAAAGAUAGAUGCAAGGCUAUAGCUCCUUUUUAAAUGUAUAUUCACGUACAUUAGUAUGUUUCUGUAGGAGAAGCGUGUACAUUGUGGAUUAAAUCUGGCCCCCUUAGAGUUUGCAGGAGUUGUAAUGUUGGUGACCUGAGGAAUCCAUACAUAGUUAGGUUAAGUCCUGCCAUUGCACUCCAAAGUCCCUAUGACAUGCAGAAAUAAAGAUGCUGUUGGUAGCAGUCUGUUUAGGAAACCUGCCAUUGCAGGUCAAGGUUGCACAUAUUGUGCAAAUGCCAAUGAACCUAGGGAAGCAAAAUGUUCAGGAAGCUGCUGCUCCCUUCUGCAGGCAUAACGUACUGACUGGUACAGGUGCCGCUUCGCCCACCCUGUGGAUGGGAACAGGGCCACAUGCUGGCUGCAGGAAGUGGUCGUCUUUUUGUCCACAUGGUGUAUGAGGUGCUGCUACUUGACAGAUGUGAGAAGAGACUCCGUGUAGGGAGGGAACUGCUCCUUUGCAGAGAAAAAGUUCUUCGUGUGCAUGGAGGUCCUCCUCUUGGAGCAGCUUGUCAGAUCAGAGCAUGCAUUCUAAUUGCAAGUCAUAGUUACCUUUAGUAUAUACAAUUGUUUUAUAUGGUAUAAAUAGGAUAUUAUUUGUAAAUAUUUACAUGCACAUGCAAAUGACACCUUACAGUUUUUUAUAUAUUUCACGUGUUUUUAUACCAGAAUUUUCACUGUAGAUUCACCUAACGUAAAAUGGCUGUUUCAGUUCAUCAUGAAACAAUACUACUCUUAAGCAUAAUUUCUGCUUGGUUUGGGGGACAUUUUUUUUUUUCUCAAGAAUUGCUCUUGCUGUUUUGACAAAUUUGAACAGAUUUGAUGGGGAAAAAGAAAAAGAACAACACGUUAUUUGUAAUCCAUUUUCAGUUGUCUUACACAGAAGUUUUCAUCCAGCGAGCAGGACCCUUGAAAUUUGAUUACUGUGUGAUGUCUUCUGAAUGACAUCCCAAUAGAAGAUUUGAUGUCUAAUGACUUUCUGUAUUCACAAUUCAGAGAACCAUGAAUUAGGCUUGAUCAAAAUUGGAUACUGUUAAUUCAUGGUAUUUUUUGGAUGUAACUUAAAGGUAGUUUACAGAAGACAAAUCUUCAAUUUAAGUAUGGAAAAUACAGACAGAUAUGAUUUAAUGUUCCCAGCUGAGAAUUAUGGCCUUAAAUGCUUUUAAAUGCAUAUAAUCUAGCCAACUACCUACAAUUUAUGCAUUUCUGAUUUGAUGGCACAGCGCCUGAGUGCUGUUCUACUUUAAUAGUUUUUGUAGCAGUGAAGUGCCAGUGAAAUACAUAUCUUAACUGGGCAGCUUGUAUAACACAGGCAUCGCCUUUUUUACAGGAAAAUUCUCUUCUGUAUAGUACGUAUGUGCCAUGUGUCCACAGAUAGGCAUAUUUGAUUCAUUUGUGCCAAUUAAAAAUACCUGAACAACAUAGGAAUAUGAGAAUGCAUGUACAGAUUCCUGUGUGCCAAAAAUGGAGUAAGUGGAACGAGUCGUAAGCGUUCUACUAGAACUGCACCAUAUUCCGUCACAGAGCAGAUUACUGUAUACAAUGCACACUUUCUGAACAUAUCCAUGACAAAGUGUCACCGCUGCAUGUUUGUAAAGAAUAGGAAUAUAAAAAGUGUUGCUGCAACUGUUUUUCUUAGGCUUUCCCGUAUUGUCAGUACCUAGCUGCAGAAGAAUAAGACCUAAAAAAUUUGACACUACUACCUAACCUUGCUGUCUCUUAUUUAGCACAUUUUUUUGGUGCUUUUUUUUUUUUUUUUUUUUCCUGAAAGAGAAAAAUUCUCUCUGCUUUUGUUUUGGGUAACACGCUAAUGAAAGUUUUAAGCAACUUCUCAUUGGGCAUAGCUGUAUGCUGCAUUUGUCUAGUAACAAACUAGCUAGAAUUUACAAGUGAGAUCCAAUAAAAUCUCAAACAGUAUAGAAUUCGAUAAUCAAUAAACGUAUUUUCCAUCAUGCCUUGCUACAGUGCUCCUAGCUAAGGGCCUAGCCCUUUAAAACACAUUUUUAUUUGGAUGAAAUACCAAAUAAGAUUACUACAAUAAUCUUAAGUGACUCAUCACUACUGUACUUACUGCUCACAUGAGUGCUUCUGGGGCUUCUGGGAUUUGGGUCCUAGCAGUAUGCAACGCUCUAAGUAUAUUGGGCAUACUCAGCUAGCUUGCAGCUAUUAUGCAAAAAAUAAUAAUAAAUAUAAAAAAAAAAAAUCCAAAAAGUAUUCUUUUGACUUUACUGAAAAUGUUAUAUAAAGUGCCUGAUUAUUAAUACAGAAUAUAUUUUAAAACCAUUAUUUGCAUUUGGCAGGGUAAUAUUUCCUUCUGUAUCUUAUCAAUGGUCUUAAUAUUUUCAGCAAGAAUAUUUCAUAAUUCUUCUGUACUGAGAAGCCUUCUUUCAUGUGAAACAAGCAGAAAAAUAAAUGUUCUGACAGUUUUUUUUUUCAAUUUCAAAUUAUCUGUCUCAGUAGAAACUAUAUGAAAAGAAUACUUUUAUAUUAAAAUUAUUUCAUUUUCUGUGUGAGGUGACCUUGAAUUCUGAAUCCUGAUCUUUUUUCUCCUAGGCUCCAAAGAUUUGACUCUACUUUUCUCUGCUGCAGUUAUCAAUAACAGUUCCAGUAUAUCUGUAGGAGAAGAGAUUAUCACAUUCUUUUUAGGCGUAAGCUAGACUCUUCUUCUCCACUGCAGACAAAGUGAUGGUGCAGAGUUCCCAUCUCAUCCAUUCUACAUGUAAUUUUUAGGCAUGGCUUUGUAAGAGAAGUAAAGAAUUUCUCUGCUCCAUUCUAAAAUUACAAAAAGUGCUAGUGUUUAGUCUUUAAUUGAACCAAUCACUGAAUUGUAUUGUUCCUUUUGCUUGCAAGAGAAGGAAUAGUCUCCAGCUCUGCCAGGUACUACAGCUGGUAGAAAUUCUGUAGAAUAGACAGUUGUUCAAAACCAAUUUUAAGUCACAAAAUAAACGUACUGAGCCCUGUUUAUAGAGGGGCUGCAUAAAAUACUGGUCAAAAAUAUAGAAUAAUCAAACUCUUUUUUUAUCCUGGAAAAGACCCAAAGCAGUUAAGACAUGUUCCUAUCCACAGCAAGUAUAUAAACAUUACAGAGAUGCUUAAAUCAAGAGUGUGGUCCAAUUUCUUCACUUAACCUAGACAAGCUGAAAGCAAGUGCUCAAGAAAGUGAAUAAUUAUAAAAGGUUGUUUUGAUAAUUAAUUUGCCCUUACAAAGGGACAGUCACAUAGGUACAGCCACUACUAAUAUGGAAUAAUGUGUGGCAUGUCCAUUCACAGUUACAACCCAACAAAUCUUCUGGUCUUGUAGUAUAAAAAUAGUGUCAUAGCUAAAAUUGAACAGGAUGGAGAUUCUCUUAAGAGCCAGAGACUAUUAAAAGAGUUUGCAGAAGAAAGCAAAGCAAAACAAACCUAGACUAUGUGACAGACCUCCUUUUGCAGUACAGAUACUAAAUUGCUGAUUGUUAUGACAGCAUCUUUUUGGACAGAGGGCACACCUGAACUGAGUCCAGAAAAGCUCCACAGCGUCAGUUUUCUAGCUCUGAGAGCCAGCAGGUGACACUCUGCAUCUCCACUGCAUGUCUUAGAACAAGUUAGAAGCAGGUGCCACCCUGACAUGAAAAAAGCUAAUGCUUAAUGCCAAAGAAAUUCAUGUUUUCUUUUGGAAUUAAGUUAGUCUCUCCUGGAUUUCACCAAAAUGUUAGUAGUUCUGCAUUUUGAAUCCUUUAUACCCAAUUUAAAUGAGAUAAUGCUUCCACGAGGUGUUCAGCUAGAUAAGUUUGUUUGAGGAAGGGUCACAGUCUACUGGAGCAUGUUCCAGGAUGGAUUCCAAGAUUCAAGGAGUUUGAUUCAUGCUAAAGGAAACGUGAAAAGCUUCCAACUGCUCCAACUACUAGUUUUAUGACGUAUGGGGAGUCUAGUCUUCAGGCCUCAGUUGAAAUGUCCUUUUGUAGGGAUGUCCUCCAAAAGACUUGUAAUAUUUUUUCUUCGAAAGCAGAUCUGUUUACUUUUUUUUUUUUUUCCCCACUGCUAUACUGCCCAUAGAUCAGGUAAAAACAUCAGAUUCCAGAAUAGGAAAUAUAUUUAAGGAUUUCUAAGUAAGAGAUUCUUCCACCCAAGUGAUGUGAUAUACAUCUUCUGAAGUCAGGUAGCUUGCUAACACAGUUUAAAAGGAUGUUGUUUUGCUCUCUCUAGCAAGCAGCUUAAAUCCACACAGUGCUGGUGUGUGCCAUUGAAAUGGAAGAGCUCUGUAGACUGGUAGAAAAGCCCAGGCUACCUUUUGUACCUGUACAGAACCAGAGAGCUGGUUCAGGAGACUCAGGAUGGAGGAGACAUUCUGGAAUUAAAUGUGUCUGCAAGUGGAUUUUUUUUUCUAAUCACAUUAAUUUUAACCAAAGAGAGGCAUUAGUUGGAAUUUGCAUGUUUAUCUAAACCAUACAGAGUACUUUUAUUUGAAGUAACAUGUAUUUUUAGAAAAAAUAAUAAUAAUAAUAAGUUUUAACAAUGUGACAGAUAACAGGGUGAGAUGAACAGAAGUAGUUACUGUGCAUUUUCCUUUUUGUGAUUGUGAGUGGAUGGCAAAAUAAGGGUUAAGAGUUGCUAUGCCAGAUACAAGAUUGCUGCAACAGUAAAACAUUUGUGCUGCUAGUUAACAUACUGAGGUUUGUGUUACAAAUGAAGUUGUAAUAAUGAUGUUUAUUAUCAAAGCGAGAGGCACAUAUUUUAUGAUGGUAUUCUACUCCUAAAAUUGUGUUUUGUAUUAUAGCAUAUUAAGUAAAUAGACGUUCUUGCUCUUGUCUCAUGAAUUUUGAUGCAGUAAAAUGAAACUUGUCCCCUUUUUACUGAAAACUGUAACAUAACUAAUUGAUUUUAAAAUAUUCUUUGUUGUCAGAUACUUAGUUUGUUCACAAAAAAAAAAAAGUUUCUUUACAAAACAAACAAAUUAUUUUUAUGGAUAAUCUGAUUGCCUAAUAGUUUUAAAGGACUUAUUUAAUACCAAAGGUAAGCCACCCAGAAACUGACUUGGAAUGAGGCACUGGAGCGCAGAGGUGGAGAGCUACGUCUGGAGCUGGUCCAGCAGAACUCCCUGGUGGUGACUGUGUGUGUCACCAGCUCACGGGGUCAGGCGUACCUAGAAAUUUCCAAAACAAACUAAAAAACAAAAACAGGACUAGUGUAAAGUUAACAGACCUAGAGUAGCUCUGUGAGUAUAGCUAAUGUUCAAAAAGAGCACAAAGGCUUGCAUUACUGAUGUGUCUGCUAUACCUGGCCUGUGAACUAAUCAAAUACUUUGGUGUGCUGUCAAUCCUGUAAACCUUCCGAAGCACAAAAUAUUCACCAAGCUACUUUUGGGUUUUCUAGUUGUAGUUCAGUGAUAUUUUGGAGGGUAGAAAGGACAGACUUGGAAGAUAAUGAGAAAAUAUUGUGUUUUACAGAUUUUUAUAGAUAUUUUUUUAGCAAAUGGCAUUGCUGUCCUCAACAUGAGACCACUGAUUAGCAAGAAGUCAAUUAUUUUACUUGUGCAGUAUAAAAUACAAUAAUGAAAUCUAAAUACCCUAACUUCCUUUUCCAGAAUAGUGAAUAACUAAACUGGAAAGUAAUAGGACAAGUAAAUUAUUUAGCUGACUGAAAUAUUUAAUUCUAAAAACUUACCGGUAGUAAUUUUUUUCUCAAAUACGAGCUUCUUUAAAUAAGCAUGAAGCAGUGCAUCAUUUUUUCCCUUAUUGCAGACUUUUUUUUUUUUCUUUUUUUUUUUUUUUUUUUAAUGCAGAGCCUGAAUUGUCGGAUGUUCCAGGCUCCUGAAUACAUCCUAUAGAGUUAGUCUCAAUGGAUUUUUUUUGGGAUGGGGGCCUAAGUGUCCUUAUAUAAGCUGUGAUCCAAGUUAUGAUAAGAAAGGAGCCUAUGGUGAGCAGUAAUAAUGUUCUAAUGCUUCCUUGCAUUUGAUCAGUAGCUAUUGGUUUUUAAUAUAACAGCCCUCACAGUACUUAGGAACUCAUAGAACGUAUUGCGUUGUUAUGUUGCUAAUUUGUUUUAAAAUAUAAAAUGUUUUAAGCUUUUUGUCAAAAGUGAUAACACCAUAUUACAAAUAAACCUUUUUGUGGUUGUAAAAUUUAGCUUAUAAAUCAUUCAAAUUGAAGUGAAAAAACACAGGUCAUUGUUAAUGACAGUCUAUCCUACUAUUAAGAAUAUAUGUAUUUUUGUAAAGGAAAAGCACUUGUAGAUAUUUAAUCAGUCCAAUAUCUAUCUAUGUUAAUGUUUUGGAAAAAAAAAUGCUGCUUAGAGAAUCACUUACAUAUUUUUAUUUGUUGUGCUCAGAUGCAUUUUCUGUUGAUUUUAUGGAAUGUUUAUUCUGUGUGAAGCUGUAUAGUUAGUACAGCUGGGCUAAAUGCAUUUCUUACCUGAACUUAAUGAAAUGGAUAUCACUCUGCUAUCACAUAUUCUGUCCUAUCAGAAACCUGUUUGCAAAACAUAGAUUGGUGGUGCUGUUUUUCAUCUUUGAUAUUAGCUUCAUCCUGCCUUAGAUCAUUUCUACUUCAUAAUAAUUAUAAAAAUACUAGCAGACUUUUGUGGUGUUUGUGUUUUAAUAGAUGUUUUAGGGCAUAUUUGGUUAUUCAGUUAUAUCUUAUUAUACUUACGAGCAUUUAUAUAAAAGAGUGACAAAAAUUUACAUAUGGUAUUUAAAAUGUGGUUUUCCCCCAGAUGAAAAAUGUGCCAGAUUAAUCCAGUUUAAUAAUUUUCUUCCAAAGGAAACUACUGCCAGGUACAUGCAUGGAAUUUGAUUGCAUUUCUAAAGUUUAUGAGCAUUUGUACAAAUAGUGGUGUUUGUUUGUUUGUUUUUAAUCCAGAAUAAUUCAUUUCUUGUAACAUUUUGAGGCUAUUCAAAACAUCAUGCUUAACUAUAUUUUGACUCAAUAUAGUGGAUUUACACAGUUUCAAAAAAAAAAAAAAUCAAAACAGAAUUUUAUUGGAGUACUAGUAGAGACUGGUGACCACAUUUGUUUGUAGUUACUCAUGUACAGUCCAAAUUUAAUUUACUUGUUUCCGUGGGAUUCUACAGGGUCUUCUCAGUGGUUAAAGUCUUCAGUGGAGUUACUUCAUGUAGUUCUCAUUGUAGCAAAGACACGAAAUGGCCCAGAGGUCCCACUUCCUCACUGAAUUUUCUUUCAUGGUUGGCUUGUUCAGUGUCUAACCACUACUGUUUAAAUUUAAUCUUUUUAUAUUAACCUUCCUGUAAGUAAAUAAAUUUUGCAACAUUCAAUGUAUACACUAGCAGUAGUUUCAGUGAGUAAAUACUUGCAGAAUGCUGAGUAAAUACUUGCAGAAUUGUGAAAUAAGUGGAGAAUUUCACUUGAACUAUGAAUAUUUGUCAUGAAAGUAUCGUAUUAAUAUGCAUGCUUCACAAAGAUCUGUGAGUGAUCAGUUUCUAAUGUGCUUUCAUUGUUUGAAUAUUGUACAUAUUUAUAACUUUUCUCAAGAGCUAAUUUACAUAUGGAUUCAUUGGGGGUCAACAUCUCAGGGUCCACAAAGUAGCAUUUUAAAAACUUAAAUCCAUUUGAGCUUUGAAUGCAAUACCAGUAUUGCAGUCUUGUGUUUCCUAAAGAACCAAAUACUUCAUGUUUCAAAGUGUUUAAAAACAUUGUAAAUUUCAUCGAGUUCUACCAAUGGAAUAUUUUUUCAUAUCUGCUGAAAUCAUUAGAAACUGAGUUGUGGCCCUGGAAAAAAUGAGAUGCCUAUAACUGAGUUAGCACUGGAGAGCAAUUUAACAAUUAGGUAAAUGAAGUGCUGGCACUAAUUUCUAUUUUGGCAAAAAGCUGUGGAACUGUCAUUUGGUGCAGAGUGAAGUGUGCAUGUUUGAAGAUACAUCUACAUUUGUAAAGAAGGUUUAUUUUAGAGCAGUAGCUCACGCAAACCCUGUAAAUGGACUUAUUCAAAACUUGUGUAUUAAAUAUGAUUGAUAUGUAAUAUUUAUAAUUAUGUAACUGCUUGUAAGUUUCAGUACCAGUGAUCUUACAUUGAGUGCUUCAUGCUAAUGUCAAGAAUGUUCACAGCACCUUUAUAACCACUGAUAACAAAUUGCAAUUUGGUAUGACCCAUGUGCUGCAAGAUGCCUCUAGCCCAGUUGGAUUAAUUUUAUAAAAAAUCUAGAUGAGCAAGAAGUAUAACUAAUCUGCUUACUAGCACUGAAUUGCUCCUUUCUCAAAGCAAUAAAUAUAUUCAUGUUGUAACAUCUGUUGUGCAGCCUACAUUCGAGUUGUUUUGUUGCAUUGUUUCUAUAUAAUUUAUUUUGUGCAAUAAAAAAUCUCUGGUUUUAUCUGA